CCAAUGGGAGCCGGCGCUGACAGAUGCGCGCGCCCUGUGCCCAAUAAGCGAUGGCGGCUCGAAUGGCUCCUCUACCUUGCUGGCUGUGGGCGGAGCAGCUUGACGGAGGAGGCGGCGGAGCAGGGGGUGGUUUGGUUGCGCGGUACUAGCGGAGCCCGCCGAAGGGGGAGGAGGCGGAGGAGCUAGCCGUGCGGCCAGAGCGGGAAAGCUACUCGUCUCGGCGUCCGAGUUCUGGAGCCGCCGCACCCCGGCUUCUGGGGCUGCAGCGGGAGCUGUGAGGGCCCGGGCGUCCGCUGUCUCCCGGGUCCCCUCGGAGGACCCCGCGGGAUCGGGAAAGGGAGAAGAUGGAGGAGGAGGGCGGCAGCGGCGGUGGCGGCGCCACAGGGACCAGCAGGGACAGCGGCGCCGGGGGAGAGCAGCUCCUCACUGUCAAGCACGAGCUGCGGACGGCUAAUUUAACAGGACAUGCAGAGAAGGUGGGGAUUGAAAAUUUCGAGCUCCUAAAGGUCCUAGGAACUGGAGCUUAUGGAAAAGUGUUUCUGGUUCGUAAAAUAAGUGGUCAUGAUGCUGGAAAGCUGUAUGCCAUGAAAGUUUUGAAAAAGGCAACAAUAGUUCAAAAGGCCAAAACCACCGAACACACGAGGACAGAACGACAGGUCUUGGAGCACAUCAGGCAGUCGCCGUUUUUGGUGACCUUGCACUACGCUUUCCAGACAGAAACCAAGCUUCAUCUCAUUUUAGAUUAUAUAAAUGGUGGAGAACUUUUUACUCAUCUUUCUCAAAGAGAGCGUUUCACAGAGCACGAGGUGCAGAUCUAUGUUGGAGAGAUCGUGCUUGCCCUCGAACAUCUCCACAAGUUGGGGAUUAUAUACCGUGACAUUAAGCUUGAGAAUAUUCUACUUGAUUCUAAUGGCCAUGUGGUGCUGACAGAUUUUGGUCUGAGUAAGGAGUUUGUGGCUGAUGAAGCUGAAAGAGCAUAUUCCUUUUGUGGAACUAUUGAAUACAUGGCACCAGAUAUUGUCAGAGGGGGAGAUUCAGGACAUGACAAGGCAGUUGACUGGUGGAGUUUAGGUGUUCUAAUGUAUGAAUUACUAACUGGAGCAUCUCCUUUCACUGUUGAUGGAGAGAAGAAUUCCCAAGCUGAGAUAUCUAGGAGAAUAUUAAAAAGCGAGCCUCCGUAUCCCCAAGAAAUGAGUGCUGUAGCCAAAGACCUAAUUCAGCGUCUCUUGAUGAAAGAGCCCAAGAAAAGACUGGGAUGUGGUCCACGUGAUGCAGAUGAAAUCAAAGAACAUCUCUUUUUUCAGAAAAUAAAUUGGGAUGAUUUAGCUGCCAAAAAAGUGCCCGCGCCCUUUAAGCCAGUCAUCCGAGAUGAAUUAGAUGUGAGUAACUUUGCAGAAGAGUUCACAGAAAUGGACCCCACCUACUCUCCCGCAGCACUGCCCCAGAGCUCCGAGAGGCUGUUUCAGGGCUAUUCCUUUGUUGCUCCUUCUAUUCUCUUCAAGCGUAAUGCAGCCGUCAUAGACCCUCUUCAGUUUCACAUGGGAGUCGAUCGUCCCGGAGUGACGAAUGUGGCAAGGAGUGCAAUGAUGAAGGACUCUCCAUUCUAUCAACACUAUGACCUAGAUCUGAAGGACAAACCACUGGGAGAAGGAAGUUUUUCAAUCUGUCGAAAGUGCAUACACAAAAAAAGUAACCAAGCAUUUGCAGUCAAAAUAAUCAGCAAAAGGUUGGAAGCCAAUACUCAGAAAGAAAUAACAGCUCUGAAACCUGUGAGACACCCCAAUAUCGUGAAAUUACAUGAAGUUUUUCAUGAUCAGCUUCACACGUUUCUAGUGAUGGAACUUCUGAACGGGGGAGAGCUAUUUGAACGCAUUAAGAGAAAGAAACACUUCAGUGAGACAGAAGCCAGCUACAUCAUGCGGAAGCUUGUUUCAGCUGUAAGCCAUAUGCAUGAUGUUGGAGUGGUACAUAGAGAUUUGAAACCCGAGAAUUUAUUGUUCACUGAUGAAACUGACAAUUUGGAAAUUAAAGUAAUUGAUUUCGGGUUUGCACGCUUAAAGCCACCCGAUAAUCAGCCUCUGAAGACGCCGUGCUUCACUCUUCACUACGCCGCCCCAGAGCUCUUGAAUCACAAUGGCUACGAUGUAUCCUGUGACCUCUGGAGUGGUGUCAUUUUGUAUACAAUGUUGUCAGGGCAAGUUCCAUUCCAAUCUCAUGACAAAAGUUUGACGUGCACCAGUGCGGUAGAAAUCAUGAAGAAAAUUAAAAAGGGAGAUUUCUCCUUUGAAGGAGAAGCCUGGAAGAAUGUAUCCCAAGAGGCUAAAGAUUUGAUCCAAGGACUUCUCACAGUCGAUCCAAAUAAAAGGCUUAAAAUGUCUGGCUUGAGAUACAAUGAAUGGCUUCAAGAUGGCAGUCAGCUAUCCUCAAAUCCUCUGAUGACUCCAGACAUUCUAGGGUCUUCAGGAGCUGCUGUGCACACCUGUGUGAAAGCAACCUUCCAUGCCUUUAACAAAUACAAGAGAGAGGGGUUUUGCCUUCAGAAUGUUGAUAAGGCCCCUUUGGCGAAGAGAAGGAAAAUGAAGAAGACCAGCACCAGUACCGAGACGCGCAGCAGCUCCAGUGAAAGCUCUCACUCUUCUUCCUCCCAUUCUCAUGGCAAAAGGACACCCACAAAGACAUUGCAGCCCAGCAAUCCUGCCGACAGCAAUAACCCAGAGACCCUCUUUCCAGUUCUCAGACUGAGUAGCAUAGGAACGGUAGCAGCAUAACGGAUGGUCCAUUGUCCCUUCAGCUCCCUCGUCGUGCGCCUGCGGCCAGGUUCUGUGCUUUGAAAAACGUGUCCCAUCGGUCUCCUUGGAAUCUGCCUCGCAGGGAAUUUUUUCAGGAAAACCCGAUUGGUUAUCCUCAUCCAAAAGCACUGGACAGAGAAUGUUACUGUGAAUAGACCACAUGUCAUACUGUUUAGUGACCUAGCAUGGUGCCAACAGGACUGUUUCUGAAAGAGCAAAGAUGUCUGUCAAUUUAAUUAGGGACUGGUGAGAUUUGAGCUGCUGACAAAGUAAGUCACAGGUUCUUCAGAUGUCUGCCAGCAAGAGUUCCUCGUACUGUGAUGAUACCUUUUGCUUCGCCUUGUGGGCAUCGUGGGCUUUUAAGAGACUUGCACCCUUUGAACAGUGAUGUAUCAGCAAAAAAGGUCUGUUUUGAAAAAGAGUCUGUAAUGAAUUUUACGUGUGGCAUAAACUUAUUUCUUCAGAGAGGAUUUUAACUUAUUGUUUUUAUUUUAUGGUUACCUAUGACGAUAACCUGCUAUUAUUAAUCUUUUUCUAAAAAGUAAAAAAAAAAAGAUAUAAGAACUUCAGGUCCCACGCUCUAUAUAGGGGACCCAUCUGAGAUGCAUGCUAAGCUACGUAUGUUUUUAAUUUUGCACUGCUCUUUCCUGGCAAUUUGUUUUAAUGGUUAUUGCAAAAUAUUAAGGUACAUGUCUCUGUUUUAAGUAAUGUUGCACUUUAUAAAAGAAUAUGAAUAAAGCAAGCUAUUUCAUAAAGUGCACUCUUUAAAGCAUAUGUACUGUAUUUUUGCCUUUUUUCCCCCCCCAUUAUCUACUUUAAAUUUGCCCUCACAUCCCCCUUCCACUUUGGAUGCAACAAGUAGAAGGGGCCUUGUAUAACGUAAUCAUUAGCCCCAGAGGCACUGAUGUGAGGAACACCUAAAGGGAAAUUCUAUUAAACACUGUGCUUAUUUGUACACUGUGCUGUGCUGCAGUGAGGCUUUUCCUCCUGUAGUCAGAUAUUAUGUACAUAAUACUUUAGAAUUAUAACUACGACUUGUUUUGAAAUUUUUCUGUUAAAUUUAAAUCCAGAAAGCAUAUUUUAUAAACUUAUGCAGAGCACUUUUAUUGCUCAAAAGUUCUGAAUUCAUACCGAAAACAAGUGCUGUGUGCUGAAGACAUUUCACUGAAUGAUUGCUGCAUUUUAAAAUAUGAUUAAUUCAUCCCCUAUGCAAAAAAAGAAGUGAUAGGAUUUGUAUGUUGUAUUUUCUUUUAAAGCCAUCAUCACACGAAAUGUCAGGACUGAGAAAAGCGAUUUUUUGCGAUGUUUACAGGAAUCAUGCUUAAGAAGGCCCAACAUGUUUAUUUUGUAGUUUUUGUUAAUGAUAACCUCUUGAGCAUUAGUUUGGAAUUGGGCAUGAUAUUUAUUUAUUCCUUUCUUGAGAUAAUAGCAGCAUUAAUUUCAACCAGUUAUGAAUACUAAAAAUAUUGCACUCUAUGUAAUAGUAUAUUUAUUACUGAACCAAUGUAUAUAUUAAUAGCACAGGCAACAAAAAUGGCAAAUAUUAAACUAUUUUCAAAAUGU